CAAUGCAGUGCGCGCGAGAUUCGAUCAACUUUCUUGACAAAACACCCGAAAUUCAUCCAGUUUGGGCAGAUAGAUUUCCCAUAGAAGUCAUGUUUUUGUCAACCAAAAGUGCACUUCAGCAGCUGGAAGUUUCCCUUCAAUGUUCAGCAUGUCACAAACUUCUUACAGAGCCAUGCACCCUGGGAAACUGUACUCAUCUUAUUUGCAAGGCUUGUGCAGGAAAUUACCAAGGCAAUGCUUGCCCUACCUGUCAGGCCCCAGCAUGGGUAAAGGACUUGCAGGUCAAGAGAGAAUUGGGGAUGGUGGUCCGUCUCUGUCGAAGACUCCAACGACUGAUCAACAACGACCCUGAACAAGUAGAUAGUGCCAGCAUAGAUCUGAGCGAAGACACUGGUCCUGUUCGGACAGGGGAAGGUGGGAGCAGUUUGGGAAAGGAUGAUGAAGAUUCCUGUGUGAAUGAGGCCUCAGAGAUUGCUGAUGAUUCUGAAACAGAGCCAAUGUCUAUCUCUGAAUCAGACACAGAUUUUCACAAACACAGGGAGAUUGUCCGCAAGGCCCUUCGCUCUGUUCAGGGGUCAGACACAGACUCCUUAUCCGGGAUGGAAAGAGAGAAAGCCGGCAGUCAAAUUGGCAAGAAGAGAGGAAGGGUCCUGCAGAAUGCGAGGAAGAAGUCAGAUGGGGAUCCAGAUUUGAUGAAGCAUGGUAUAAAGACACAAGGAAAUCAUAAACCUGAUAACAAAGGAAGUGGUGAGUCAAGCAAGAAAGCUUCAGUCAACAGACAGAGAAACCAGAAGCCCAAUGAUGAAAACAACCCUUUGUCAGUGUAUGAAUUCCAGGCCUCGCCUCCACAUCCAAAGACACGCAAAGCAAAACUGCAGGUCAUUCAACAGACCAAACGGGAGGCACGACUGAGGAAAGUGGCUGCAGCAAACAAGAAAUGGGACUCUGUGUCCAGUGUCACAGGAUCAAAAAAGGAAGGUAGAAAGCAUGUUUCUUUCUCCGAUGAUAGUUUGAAAUCAGGAUCAAGUAGUGCUGAGGAUGCGAGUAAACGUGAUGUCAAGACAUCCAAAGCAAAGACCAAACCUGUUGCAAAGACUGCAGUUUCUCCUGAAGAUGGUAUUAGGAUGAAGGGCAAGUCUGUCAAAGACAAAGAGAAGACAUCACCUGUUGUCUCCAAGCUUCAGAAUCAGAAAGUAAAAAAGUCAAGGGUUCAGAUCACAGAGUCCUUGCCUGAUGAUGCAUCCAAUGUGACACCGGAAUGUAGUCCAAGUGUGCCACGAGCUGGCCAGAAAAGAAGAUCACCAUCUUCAACAGUUUCAGUCACAGUAAAACCUUCCACCCCAGACAGUGCUGGCAAGAGAAAGAAAACGGUGAAAGAGCAUACUCCAGAGACUCCUACCACCAGCAGCAGAACAGGUCAAAAGAAGAGACUUUCAGGAGGAAGGACUUCAUUGAGCCCAAAUUCAUCGUAUAGUUCACCAAAGACUGCAGUGAUGAAGAGAAACAAGAGAGGGGAGACUCCACUGCAUGUAGCAUGUAUUAAAGGUGAUGAGAAUGAGGUCAAGUCUCUCUUGGAGCAAGGAGCUGAUCCUAACUCAAAGGACAAUGCAGGAUGGACUCCUCUGCAUGAAGCCUGCAACCACGGUCAUACAUCCUUACUAGGUCUUCUCCUAGAUCACAACGCUCUGAUCAACGCACCUGGAUUUGAGCAUGACACGCCCCUUCAUGAUGCAGUCAAUAACAACAGGAUACCAGUCAUCAAAUACCUCAGGGAAAGAGGAGCUUCGCUAGAAACAAGGAACAUUCAUGGUCAAACACCGCUGGACUUACCCGCUGCUCCAGCCAUUAAGGAAGCUCUUCUUACCAAACCCCUAUUAGAGGUCACCAAUUCACCUGUCUCUACCCCAGUUACCGCCCCAUCACAACACCUACAAGAUAGACAGGUGGUUCUACUUGGAACAGGCCUAAAGCCCAAGGAGAAGACUUCCCUGAUUACUUGCAGUGAUAUCCUUGAAGGAAGAGUAGUUGAUGAGUUCAGUCCUGAUGUUACCCAUCUUGUAGCAGCAUGUGAGGAGGAUGGUAGAUGUCUACGAACCAUGAAAUACAUGCAGGCAGUACUAGCAGGAAGAUGGGUGGUGUCUUCAAAAUGGAUUUCAGAAUGCAUCAAACAUGAAGAGAGAGUAGAAGAGAUAGAGUUUGAGAUUCCAGGAACAUCCUCUGAUCCUGAUAGCAACACACCUAGGAGAGGACGGGAAAAUGUCCAAAAACAGUUUCCGGGAUUGUUCAACGGCUGUCACUUCUUUUUGAAGGGCUCCUUCAAGCAUCCAACACCCCUCAAACCAGAACUCAUUCAACUCAUCAAAUUAGGAGGAGGUACCAUCCUCCAACGUCAUCCCAAACCUGAUGAUGAUGUCAUACAGGUCUCAACGGUCGUUCCUUAUCACGCAAGGCCAAACUCCCAGUAUGCAUCCUGUUCGUAUUACAUCGUUUAUGACCAUCUAGGGAAGAAGCCGCCACCGAGUGUCAGAACACAGAAAGUCUGCACUGUACCAGUAUAUUGGCUGUUGGACUGUGUGUCUCAGUUCACCAUAUUAGAUCCCCCAAAAGAAUGAACUUGGAAACCAGCUUUUAAUCCUUUGACAGCAUCAAAUGUUAUCAGGCCAGGGGCCUUUUGCAGAAAGAGUUGCAACUAAAAUGCAACUAAAAACUAAAUGCGAACUAAAAAAGUAUAAUUAUUAUUAAGAACCUUGCGCAACGUGAUUUUCAGCCAAUAAAGCACCAGUAUUCGGGACUUGCGCUUGACAUUCUGACUUGUGUUUAAACGCAACUCUUUCUGCAACAGGCCCCUGGAAAGGCCUCAAAUCCAAAUUUUGAAAAAAUUGUGAAAUUUUCACAAGGUCAAUUUACUUAUGUAUUAUUUGAGAAUAGUAUUUCAGUAUUAUUGAACUUUUUAAUGCUUUAGACAGUCUUGAAGAUAUCUUCCAGUCUAUCUUCGAAAUGUGUGAGAAAGCCUGUACCAUAAAGCUCUGCGAUUAAUCAUACUGUUGAUUUGUAUGCUAGAUAAUUGUAAUUGAGUGUGAAAAUAGGCCUUACGAUCACUCACUAUUCAAAGCUUCAUGUAACUUGAACUUGACAUCAUUCAUACCAUCCACUGGACAUUCCUACAGGUCAUGAAAACCCUCAGUCAAAUAUUGUAUUUUAGAAUAGAAGAAAGGAUGGUCAUUCUAGAAUUAUUGAUGAUAAAAAACUCAUGAACAGCAUACAUGUAUAAUACAUGUAAAAAUAUAUCAUGUUACUAUACCUCUUGUUAUGCAUAUACAUUGCGUAAAGAAACAUGCAAUUACAAGUUAUUUUUGCCAAUGGUUGUGAAAGAAAUUUAGCCUGUUCAUAUUAUAUUUGAAACUAUAAUUUCAAAGACUUGUUUCUCUAUCGGUUUCUCCUAUUUUUUUUUUUUUUUUUUACUUUAAUAUCUUAUUCAUUUUAAGUUUUAAUCUACCCAAGUGCCAAUAUUGUUUUGCUUUUGAUUUUAAGGAUGUGGGUUUUUUUUUCAUAUUCUUUAGGAAUACAAGGAAAAGAUGACAAUCCGUCAAAGAUGUUGCUUUUAAGUUGACAAAACCAAGGAUUUCUAGAUUUUCUAAAAAGAAAAUAGAGAUAUUUGUAUCAAAUUAUUACAUUCUGCCACCUGCUUGAAAGUUGAGUUUUUCAUACAAGAGAGGGAACAGGUAUUUGAUCAUGAUUUAUUUUGAAGUCAAUGUCAUUUAAGUGGAAAAGAAGACAGUACAGCUGUCAUAUUUUGGUGAUCAAUUUGUUUUUAGUUGGAAUUUUUUAUACUUUGUUAUACAUUGAUAAGCACAAAAAUGAAUUUUAGGUGAAAUUGUGCAUUUCAGACUUUGUCAUGUUAUAGCUGUUAAAGGCCUUAAAACAUUUUGUUACCCGUGCGGAGCAUUGUGGCCUAGUGGAUUGGACUUCAGACUCAACAGAGGGUUGUAGGUUCAAAUCCUAGCCAUGGUGUAGUUUCCUUCAGCAAGAAAUUGAUCUGCAAUGUACAUGUACUGCACUCAAGAGGUGAAUGGGUACCUUGCAGGAAUUCAUUCCUUGAAAUGAGUGUGCAUUUCAAAUAAUUAUGGCCGCCAAGCUAAAGCAGGGGUAAUGAUAUCCAAGUUAUUUGGAAGCGCAAAGAGACAUUAUAAAAUCAUGUGAUAUGUACUAUACAAGAACUGUUUAUUAUUGUAUUUCACCCUGUAUGCACAUAUGUAUACAAAGCUAUGUUUAAUAAUCAGAAUUUUAUU